AUGAACAUGAGCGUUACAGAACAGCAGAAAGCUUACCAUUUGAGAAAAUUGCGAACACGGUGUCAUAGAAUGGAUAUAAACCACGAUGGUUACCUCUCACGCGAGGAUUUUGAACUCAUGGCCAAAAGAUUGGUGGAACACGCAAGUGGGAUCACCAAGGAGAAGAGUGAAGAAAUAUAUGCAGCAUUCUUGGGUAUUGCUGAUUACAUUGGUUUAAAACCUGGCGUGAAAAUUCCGUUGGAAGAAGCAGCUAAGAUCGGCAGUGACCGCCGUUUGUCCCCUGAACAACCGACUGAAAACAUUGAUGACCUGCUGUUUGAUUGCAUCGAUACAAACAGCGAUGGACACAUAUCUAUCGAGGAAUUCAAGGUCUACUUCAAAGUUAUAGGGCACGAUAUGAGUGAUGAAGAAAUUAAGCAUUCCUUUGACACCAUUGAUUCGAAUGGCGGCGGCGAAAUUAGUCGUGAAGAGUUCAUUGCAGCCGCAAAUGAUUUUUACUGUGGUGUGGAAGAGACCGAGCUAUCGAAUGCGUUUUACGGAAAAUUGCUUCCCUGA